AUGAUUGAUUAAGAAAGUUUGCUAGCCGAACUAGGAUUAUUAGAUAACAGAAAAUUAUUGUUGGAGUUGACAAUUUAACUUGGAUAAAAUGAACAUGACAUUAUCUAUUUGUAUGAGGGAGAUGAUAUUGAAGUUAAGGCUAGUCAAUUUUGUGAGAAGCAUCAUCUAAAGGAUGAAAUAAAAGAUGUUAUUGCUCAAAAUAUUAAAUUGAAUCUGAAUGAAAAGGAAAAUUAUUUUAGCUUCGUAAAUUAAUCCACUUAGAUAAGUAACACUAAUACUAAUAAACCUCUACAAGAUUAAGCAAUCAAAUAAAUAAAAUAAGUUAAUUAGGAAAAGAAGGAAAAUAAGAAUGAUAACUUAAACAAAUCAUAAAAUGGCAUAAAAAAAACUGAUAUCUAUGAGAAAUAAGUUAAGUAUAUGAACUAUAAGAAAAAUGCAAUCUAAAAGCAGAGAAUUUUAAAAGAAGAAGAAUCUAUUAGAGAAGCAACAUUCAAACCAAAACUCAAUUAAAAUACAUUAAAAAUUGUUAGUACAAUAAGAUAAAACAGAAAUAAUACUCCAGAAUAUUACUUAAUGAAAUAUGGAUAAUAAUUAUAAGAAUAAAAAAAAAAAGCAGAAUAAUAACUUUUAAAUGAAACUUCAAGAGAAUGUUCUUUCAGACCUGAGAUUAAUAAAAUGUAAUUAUAAUUUUUUAUAUAGCUCCUAAAAAAUAUGCGAGGAAAUUAUUAAGAAAGAUGUAAGUAUGACUAAAUUUGAUUAAUUAUACAAUUAAGCUAAAAAAAGAAAAGCUAAUGAUAAAUCUUAAACUUCUAUUAUUUAAGAAUCACAAACCUAGUUAACAAAAAGGAGUGUAACUCCAAAUAAAUCUUAAAAUAAAUAAUAUCUACCUUUUUUAGAAAGAAUGGAAAUGUAAAAAAAGAUUAAAGAAGAUAAAUUAAAAUAAGAUAUUGAAGAAUCUCUAAUGUAUGAUGAUAAAAGUGGAUAAAAACUAUUUCAACCAUAAGUUCAUAGUGCCAAUAGAUCUAGAGGUGGACUUAAUAUUGGAGAAUACCUUUAUUAAUAAUAAAAAUCUUUAAAUGAAGAAUCAAUAAUCUAAUUUGAAUAUGAUGAUUUAAGUAAAUCAAUCUAAACUGAUAGAUCUAAUUAAAUAGUUUAAUAAAUGAGAAGAAAGAAAUUAGAAGAAUAUUUUAAAUUAAUGGAUUCUGAUAAUGAUGGAUUGAUUAGUGCUCAAAAUAUUUAUCUCGAAGAAUUGCCAACAGAAGCUUUAGAACUAUUACAGCCAGUCAUUUUAUAAUUAGAAAAGUUGGAUAUAUUAUUAAAUAUAGAAACAUGGACAGCAAAAUGUCUUGAUAUAAUUGAAAAAAUGAGUGUUUUUGAUAAAAAUCGUCUAUUUUAAAAAUAACCCAAAUAGUAAAAGACAUAACCUGAUAGUUCUAGUACUUUUAGACCUUAGUUAAAUUAAAAAUCUGAGAUUAUAGCAAAAUAAAGAUAAACAUUUAAAGGUCCAGCUGCCUUAUAUUAAAAGGCAAUGAAAGAAAAUAUAGUUAAAGAAUAAAAAAUAAAAUAGAUUAAAGAAUAAUAAGAAUAAAAAGAGGCUAAAUAAUGUACAUUUUAACCAAAAAUUAAAUUAUCCAAUAGAUCUACUACUAGCACAAGUUUUUAUUGA